AUGGCCGUUCGGUUCUCGCUCGCGUCGCAAGGGCUCGUGUCAACGCGCGCCCCGCCAGUCGUCGUCGCUGCUGACUCGUUCCCCCCUCGCUCCUCCCCACGGCGCGAGCCAUUCCUUCCGCGCUCUGCGCGUUCCGCCCAUCCCACGCACGCGGCCGUGCGGGGAUUGCGCGGAAUGCGCGGGGAUUGGCGGAACCCGCGCGCAGACGAAGCGCUGUUUCUCUCCCGCCGCCGAGACCGCCGCUUGAUUCCGUGCGGUCCCGGCGACGGUGGUAACUGUGUUACUGUCGCACGGCGAACAGGCAAAUGGCGACGGCAGGCAGCCUUAACGAGUAGCGAGGUUCCUUAUAAAGCGAAUGACUCCGAACCGGAGAUCGCGGAGGAAGCGGAUUGCGUGGUGGUGGGCGCGGGGAUUUCGGGGAUGUCAGCGGCGUUCGCGCUGGCGACGCGGCACGCGGACGCCGUGCCGCGCGUGCUUGUAACGGAGGCGCGGGAACGCGUUGGAGGGAAUGUGACUACAAUGGUGGGGGAGGCGGGAACUGAGAACGAGGGGUACGUGUGGGAGGAGGGGCCUCACAGCUUUCAACCCAGCGACGCCAUGCUGCAGUGCGCUGUGAGUUACCGGGUUACCAUCCUGCACUGCGUCUAG